AUAACGGUCAUUAAAAAAAUAUAUAUAUAUAUGUAUAUAUAUAACAUUUUGAAUGAGUUAUCCACAUUGCAAUGUUUUGAAAUUCGGGCUUUUAUUUUGAAGGUUUAUUCAAGCCAUACAGACGUGACGUCAUCAGUUGUGCUUCUAGUGAUCCCCUCACAUGACCAGAAAACGGAAGUGGCAUUUGAAGCCUCGUAAACAAUCGCUCUCCGACUGUCUCUUUCAAACAAACCGUGAUACAAACGCCUAGAUUAUAAGAAAACCACUAUUUAAUCGUGUUUUAUCUAGAUCUAAGUUGGGAUAGUCACCGGGAUCUCUGCUUGUCGAACUGUGAGACGGUAGGAGAGAGAGAGCGAGAGAAACAGAAACAGAUAGAGAGAUGGGUCUGUCAGAGAAAGAAGAGUGUGUCUUGUUGGAUAAAAAGCUGCUUGUCUUUAUGGACCAACUGGAGCUGCUGGAGGAGAAACGAGAGAGACUCAACUCUCUAAUAGAACAGGGAUGUUUCUCCAUGUCAGCGAGGUAUUCGAUGGGCAACAAGCAGGUGUCUGCCUGCAUGCACACCAGGUGAGUGGUACCUCUGGUCCGAGUCCACACCAGGACUCUGGAGAGUGGUGAGGCCGAGUUCCAGACAAAGAGAAGAACGCUGAAGUCUCCUGAAGAGAGACAGGUGGAGGACAUUGGACCUAAAGACAAGGAGGGUGUGAGGAGAAGAGUAAAGACGCAGGAGGUUCCAGAGAUAGACCAGAGUGACAACAAUGAUCCGUGGACAGAGACCGAGCCGGCUCCUUCCUCCAAGCCUGAACCCAACCCCCAGCAGGACCCACUGAAGUGGUUUGGAAUCCUGGUGCCUCAGACCCUGAAACAGGCCCAGGCCUCAUUCAAACAGGUGGUAGAGUUGUCAGCGGAGAUGGCUGCUCUCCAGUCUGCAGUCCUGACCACCAGACAACAGCUGCAGAUGAAACAGAAGAGCAGGAGCCAGACCUCGGACCUGACGGACAGACUGACCUGACGGACAGACUGACCUGACGGACAGACUGACCUGACUGACAGAGACUGA